CAUCUCACCAUGAAGGUCUUGGUUCUUCUUUUAUUAUCUGUGGCAUCUGCGUCAGCGGAUCUACGCGGCUACAACCUGCCAACCCCUACCGACCCGUUUUUAGGUGGAUGCAGUCCCGGGCAAGUGCGACAUGUGGAUGGUAGAUGCGUGACUCCGAGAGAAAACAGAAGAGUGUUCUUGUAUGAAGUUCCUUCGAACGUGGUGUUCAACGGCGCUCCAGUCAACGUCCCCGAGCCAACAGUGGAAACCAACAUCGUGCUCAUCCGAACGCCCGAAGGAUUACAGGGACCUGAUCCCGUGGUCGUGCCUCCUCCGAGACAACAGCACGUGGUGUACGUGCUCAACAAACAGUCUGAACACGACCAGAGGGUGAUCGAGGUGACAGCACCACCGCCAUCCGAUCCUGAAGUUUACUUUGUGAACUACGCUGAAGGCGAGAACCCAACUCUUCCUAGCGGAGUGGAUUUACAGAGCGCUCUGGGUGCUGCUACUCAAGGCGGCGGUCAGGUGAUCGGCGACAGCGGCUCUGGUGUCGGGGGAGUCGUAGGCGGUGGUAUUAGUGGCGGUAUCGGAGGUGGCAGCGGCGGAAGCAUUAGUUUGGGAGGAGACGGAGGAUUCGGAGGCAGCAGUGGCUUCAGCAGCUUCGGAGGAAGCAGUGGAUUUGGAGGCAGUGGCAGUUUUGGAUCCGGAAGUGGAUUCGGUGGAUUUGGAGGUGGUUCGGGAGGCGGCAGCAUCAGUGGAAGCUACACUCCACCAACCCAGCCCCCAAACCUGUACACUUCUCCAUGAAAUCUAUUUCAGAAGUACCUGCUUAACUUCGAAGUUAAUCAAACUGAUGUGAUGUAGCUAUGCAAACAUCAGUUUUAUGCACAUUAUUUAAACUCAUCUAACUUAUACGUGCAAAAUGGCUGGUAUAAUAAAAAUAAAAUAUAAUGUC